AUGUUAUGCGACAUUGCAAUACGACAGGUUUGCCACACUGAGCUUGUGUAUACUUCCGCUGUUAAUAACCUUGUUCCCGUGAUCAUAGAAAGCGAAACCGGGAUGGCUGAACUUGCUAUUACCCCUGAAGAGCAAGAUAACAUAUAUAAAGCUGCUCACCGAAUAAUCGCACAUAUUCUUAAAUGUUUUCCCAUGUCAAAUAAAGUUCUUCUUCGAGUUCUUCGCAUUGGUGUUCCACACAUCACUCAUGAUAGUCAUCGGUUCAUCGGCUACAUCAGGAAUCUUAUUCAAUGUCUUGAGUAUGCUGAACAGCUCCGCGCAGAUAUUUGGGACUUGAUAGUUGAUCAGAUGAUUGUAUGCGAUAAUAUGUUAACAAAGAUGGAGUGCAGGGGAAAGAAGUUUACUGCGGAUGUUACAAUUUUUGCAAUGGAUGAGGACGAAAGAGACGCAGCAGAGGAGGGUGAGGAGAGCGAGCACAUAGCAAAAUUGGAUGGAGGAUUACGAGACGUACUUCAUUACAUCGCAGCCAAACAUAAUAUCGAAGCUGAGCAUGGUGAUUUGAACUGGUUACACAUGAGCAAUGGUUCAACUGCGGAGGAAUUAUUCAAAAUAUUUCUCUCGUUACUGGAAACUCGUAUGCUUCUCUCCGUUCAUGUCCGUUACACCUCGUUUCUUUGGUUGUAUAUUUGCAGUAUGGACGAGACAUAUGCUACUCGCUUGUUGGAUCUUCUCUGGUCCGUCAUCGUACGUCCUCAUGUUUCACAGGCUGAUAUAGCUAAAGCACAAGGAGCUGCAGCGUAUUUGGCCGCGUUUCUUGCCAGAGCAGAAUAUCUAGACAUAAAAGCUGCCAUGAGUUGGAUGUUCCGUAUCGUCCAGUGGUGUUUGCAAUAUAUAGAUAAUUGCGGAAUUGGUUCGAAACGAGUUAGUUGA